AUGCCAAGACUGAAGAGCCGAAGCCUAGUGGACUGCAGUAUUCUUGGAGCUUCCUCUUCAGUAAAGGAGACAAACGUCAGGAUGAGUCCUGAGGGGAAGAAGCUGCUGAACAUCGUGGUGCUGGGCUUUGCCUUCAUGUUCAUGUUCACAGCCUUCCAGACCUGUGGCAACAUUGAGCAAACUGUCCUCAUCAGCUACAACAGCACAGACUUCCAUGGUACCGGAUACACCAGCAUGGCGAUCAUCUAUGGCGUGUUCUCGGCCUCAAACCUCAUCGCUCCUUCAGUGGUGACGGUGGUUGGGCCUCAGCUCUCCAUGUUUGUGAGUGGCCUCCUCUACAGUGCGUACAUUGCGAUGUUUAUUCACCCGUUCACCUGGAGCUUCUACACUGCAUCCGUGGUGGUCGGGAUCGGAGCUGCAGUUCUGUGGACGGCACAGGGAAAUGUUCUGGCCACCAACUCUAGUGAGUCGACCAUUGGCAGAAAUAGCGGAAUAUUCUGGGCCCUGCUCCAGUUCAGUUUAUUCUUCGGGAACCUGUACAUUUACUGCGCCUGGCGAGGGCACGACCACAUCACAGAUAAAGACCGUAGAACAGUCUUCAUCUCCCUCACGGUCAUCAGUUUGGUCGGAUGCUUCCUCUUCUUCCUGAUCCGGAAGCCGGACUCAGAGCCGUCCUCUUCCUGUGAUGUCACAGAGUCUCUGCUGCAGGGAGAGUCCAGCGAAGACAGCGCCACCCUCAGCUCUGGGCCUUCUGGACUGGGCUCCCAAGCGCUGGAUGCCUUUGUGAUGUCGUGUAAGUUGUUCGUGACCAAAGAGAUGCUGCUGCUCAGCUCGUGUAUCGCCUACACAGGCCUGGAGCUCACCUUCUACAGUGGUGUGUAUGGCACCAGUAUCGGGGCCAUGAGACGCUUUGGGACUGACGCUAAAGGACUGAUCGGACUGUCGGGGAUCUGCAUUGGAGCUGGAGAAAUACUGGGGGGCGGUGUAUUCGGGAUGCUGAACAAGUGUAACCGUUUUGGGAGAAACCCUGUGGUUCUGCUCGGCCUCCUCACACACUACCUCUCCUUCUACCUCAUCUACCUCAACAUUGCUCCAGACGCUCCGGUCGCCUCCCAGGAGGGUACCGACCUGCAGGCUGUCAUCACACCCAGUGUGGGCGUGGCCUUAUUCUGCAGCUUUCUCCUGGGAUUGGGCGACAGCUGCUUCAACACUCAGCUCCUCAGCAUCAUUGGCUUCAUGUUCAAAGACAACAGUGCUCCUGCAUUCGCUGUGUUCAAGUUCAUACAGUCCAUCAUGGCCGCCAUUGCCUUCUUCUACAGUAACUACUUCCUGCUCCACUGGCAGCUGCUGAUCCUGGUUGUGUCUGGGUUCGUGGGCACCGUGACCUUCUUCAGCGCUGAGUGGAUGGCCGAGUCCAGUCGCCGCAGCUCGGACUACGACAGCAUCUGA